CAAAUCCCCAGCGCCAGAAGCGGCAGUAUCAGUAGUUCGGGUCAGCCAGCCCAGUCAGCAGCACUUCUUGCUGUCUUUUAUCCCCUUUUUCUUAAAUUAGCCACUUUAAGCUUCGCGAUACCGCCCCCAAUUUCAGCGUCGGUACGGAGCCGCCAGGCCGGGACAGAGUCGGAGAGAGAGGCCUCGGCAAUGGAAGCGCUCGGACCCGGCCCGCCUGCCCCUACCUCUCUGUUCCAGCCUCCGCGGCGUCCCGGCCUGGGCACGGUGGGGAAACCCAUCCGUCUCCUGGCGAACCACUUCCAAGUGCAGAUUCCCAAGAUUGAUGUCUAUCACUAUGAUAUCGACAUCAAGCCUGAGAAACGGCCGCGGAGGGUCAACAGAGAGGUGGUGGACACGAUGGUGCGGCACUUCAAGAUGCAGAUCUUUGGAGACCGACAGCCUGGUUAUGAUGGGAAGAGGAACAUGUACACAGCACAUCCACUGCCAAUAGGAAGAGACAGGGUGGAUCUGGAGGUGACCUUACCUGGCGAAGGGAAAGAUCAAACUUUCAAGGUCUCUUUGCAGUGGGUGUCUGUGGUCAGUCUUCAGAUGCUCCUGGAAGCGUUGUCGGGUCACCUCAACGAAGUCCCGGAGGACUCCGUUCAGGCUCUGGAUGUUAUCACGCGCCAUCUUCCUUCGAUGAGAUACACUCCAGUGGGACGUUCUUUCUUCUCUCCACCUGAGGGCUACUACCAUCCUUUGGGUGGUGGCAGGGAGGUGUGGUUUGGGUUCCAUCAGUCCGUGCGUCCAGCUAUGUGGAACAUGAUGCUCAACAUCGACGUGUCUGCCACCGCUUUCUAUCGCGCUCAGCCCGUGAUUGAAUUCAUGUGCGAGGUUUUGGAUAUCCAGAACAUCAAUGAACAAACCAAACCCCUGACUGACUCGCAGCGUGUCAAAUUUACUAAGGAAAUAAGAGGCUUGAAAGUGGAGGUCACACAUUGCGGUCAGAUGAAGAGGAAAUAUCGUGUGUGCAAUGUGACUCGUCGACCAGCCAGCCAUCAAACGUUCCCCUUACAACUUGAGAACGGCCAAGCAAUGGAAUGUACCGUCGCGCAGUAUUUCAAGCAGAAGUACAAUCUACAGCUCAAGUAUCCACAUUUACCGUGUUUGCAAGUAGGACAGGAACAGAAGCACACUUAUCUGCCAUUGGAGGUCUGUAACAUAGUCGCAGGCCAACGCUGUAUUAAAAAACUGACAGACAACCAGACGUCCACCAUGAUCAAAGCUACCGCUCGUUCCGCCCCUGACAGACAAGAAGAGAUCAGUAGACUGGUCAAGAGCAACAGCAUGGUCGGUGGCCCUGAUCCGUAUCUGAAGGAAUUUGGUAUUGUGGUGCACAAUGACAUGACUGAAGUCACCGGACGAGUGCUCCCGGCGCCCAUGCUACAGUAUGGGGGCCGGGUGAGUACGGAUACAGGGAGGGACUGUGGCAGGGGUCUCUCUCCGCAGAAUAAAACGGUGGCCACGCCCAAUCAGGGCGUGUGGGACAUGAGGGGAAAACAGUUCUACGCCGGCAUAGAGAUCAAGGUGUGGGCCGUGGCUUGCUUCGCGCCGCAGAAACAGUGCAGAGAAGACCUGCUCAAGAGCUUCACUGACCAGUUGCGAAAGAUCUCAAAAGAUGCAGGGAUGCCCAUUCAAGGCCAACCAUGUUUCUGUAAAUACGCCCAAGGAGCGGACAGUGUGGAGCCCAUGUUCAAGCACCUCAAGAUGUCCUAUGUGGGUCUGCAACUUAUUGUUGUCAUCCUGCCUGGAAAAACGCCUGUCUAUGCUGAGGUGAAGCGAGUGGGCGACACUCUUUUAGGCAUGGCCACCCAAUGUGUUCAAGUGAAGAACGUGGUCAAAACGUCCCCGCAAACUCUCUCCAACCUCUGCCUCAAGAUCAACGCCAAGCUGGGAGGCAUCAACAACGUGCUAGUGCCGCACCAGAGACCGUCCGUAUUCCAGCAGCCAGUCAUCUUCCUGGGCGCAGACGUGACACAUCCCCCGGCAGGAGAUGGAAAAAAGCCAUCCAUAGCGGCGGUGGUGGGCAGCAUGGACGGCCACCCGAGUCGCUACUGUGCGACAGUGCGAGUCCAGACGUCCCGGCAAGACAUGUCCCAGGAGCAGCUCUUCAGUCAGGAGGUCAUUCAAGAUCUGACCAACAUGGUGCGAGAGCUACUGAUCCAGUUUUACAAGUCCACUCGCUUCAAGCCAACUCGCAUCAUUUAUUAUCGUGGUGGUGUGUCAGAAGGACAGAUGAAACAGGUAGCGUGGCCAGAGUUGAUAGCCAUCAGGAAGGCCUGCAUCAGUCUGGAGGAGGAUUACCGGCCUGGCAUUACUUAUAUUGUGGUCCAGAAACGCCAUCACACUCGUCUUUUCUGCUCUGACAAAGCUGAGAGGGUUGGGAAGAGUGGCAACGUACCAGCUGGUACCACAGUAGACAGCACCAUCACACAUCCGUCAGAGUUUGAUUUCUACCUGUGCAGCCAUGCUGGGAUUCAGGGUACCAGCCGCCCGUCCCACUACCACGUCCUGUGGGACGACAACUGCUUCACGGCCGACGAACUGCAGCUCCUCACCUACCAGCUGUGCCACACCUACGUCCGCUGCACGCGCUCAGUCUCCAUCCCGGCGCCGGCCUAUUACGCCCGGCUGGUGGCUUUUCGCGCUCGCUACCACUUGGUGGACAAAGACCACGACAGCGCCGAGGGAAGCCAUGUGUCCGGCCAGAGCAACGGUCGCGACCCCCAAGCGUUGGCUAAGGCGGUCCAGAUCCACUACGACACGCAACACACCAUGUACUUCGCCUAAACUCGUGUCUGCAAGUGGACUUCCAUCCCGUUUGUAUUUUUUUUUUUUUUUUAAAUUUUUGAAAUCUUGUCUCUCGUCUUAUCAUCGUCACUUUUUCGUUUUCCUGAAUGUGCACCAAAGCGACACUUUGAGGGGAUUCAGUAGCUUUCUUGACCGAAACGAGCUCAAUCCGGUUUUCCCAGACGGGUCGCUUUUCUAACCAGCAAUUCAGCACUGCACAGAAAAUGACAACCGUACACGCAUACUACUAAUUGAGCCAUUAUUUUGUGUUUAUUUUUUUCUUAUCUGAAUGUCUGCACUCGUCUUUUUAAGAUACACUGAGCAAAGUUUUUCGCUCUCCCAGCUAAGCAGGACUCUGAUCUACUUUUACCUCAAAGCCCAACUGGGCGAAAUCUCUCACAAGGUCUUGGGUUUUAUCGGGAGGGAACUCGAGAUGGAAAAGGGGGAGGGUCGACCUUUUCAGAAUGAAUAUAUAUACAGUAUAUAUGAUAUAUAUUUUUUGUUUUUAUGAGUGUUUUAACUUUUUUCUUCCGUCAAGUCUUUUACAAAACGAGGUGACCUGGGUGUCCAUACCCAUUACUACUUUCCUCCCGUUGGGUAGCCGCUGUAUGUGUGUGCGUCUUUGUAUAUACGUCGUGCGCGUGUCGUGAAUUGUAAAGGGAAAUUGAGGAGAUAACUGCUGUAAAUGCCUCAGAUUUGUUGUUUUUAUAUUCACACGUACAGUACAUAGAAGCAUAUUUACAUCUCUAGAGCAGCUUUUGAGAGAGAAAUAACUUUAAAGGGCCUGUCGGAGGCGGCUAACGGUCCUGGGUCGCUUCGACUGCGAUGGAUUAAUCUCUGGCUGUGACGUUUUAAGUGAGGACGCAUUUAUUUGAAAGGCUUGAACUCAUUUACUGCCAUUGAGAGUGAUAAUAAGGGGGUUUGCAAGGCAAAGGCCCAUCUAGUGAAAUUCUUUUAUUUUUAAUUUUUUUUUAUUUAAAAAAAAAAUUUUUUUUUUUUUUUUUUUUUUUUUUUGAAUGGCGCUUCUUCGCCACGCCGCACAGACCAAACCGUUUGACUAUUACCGUUUAACUAUCAAAAUGACCAGAAUUUUCGUGCGAUGCAGGGAAUUUUUCGAAUGACCCCCCAAAAAUUUCAGUUGGCCCAACACUGUUUUUAAAAAAAAAAAAAAAAAAAAUCUUCAAAAUGUAUCUAGUCCUACAACUUUUGACCAAAUCGCAUAAGGGGCAUAAAAGUUGUAUACAGAAUUUGCCAAAUAUUUACGGUUCCCUCAAAAUUCACCAAAAACUUGACCAUUCAUUUCGAAUGGGGAUGCCAUUGCUGGCCAUGUACGUCCUUCCAUUCAUUUCGAAUGGCAAACAUUAACCCUUCUUUUUCAAGGGCAGGAAAACAUUGGGGGUUGUGACUCUUGACUGCUUACCAUUACAGCCCUUUGAAAGUCAACUGGGCCCCAUGUAAGUCAGUGCCAUUGACAGACAUGUACAGUGGUAUGAAAAAGUAUCUGAACCUUUUGGAAUUUCUCACAUUUCUGCAGAAAAUCACCAUCAAAUGUGAUCUGAUCUUUGUGAAAAUCACACAGAUGAAAAUAGUGUCUGCGUUAACUAAAACCACCCAAACAUUUAUAGGUUUUCGUAUUUUAAUGAUGAUAGCAUGCAAACAAUAACAAAAGGGGGGGAAAUAAGUGAACUCUCGGCCUAAGGAGACUUAAAGAACAAUUGAAACCAAUUUUUACCAAAUAUUUUAAGUCAGGUGUGUGCCCAAUCACUGAUGAGUGGUUUAAAGCUGCACUGCCCACUAUAAAAUACACACCUGGUAAGAACUGUCUUGAUGAGAAGCAUUGUCUGAUGUGCAUCAUGGCUCUGUCAAAAGAGCAGUCUAAAGACCUGCGAUCUAGGAUUGUUGAUUUGUAUAAAGCUGGGAAAGGAUACAAAACCCCCCUCUAAAAGUCUGGAUGUUCAUCAAUCGACAGUCGGACAGAAGUUGUCUACAAAUGGAGGGAGUUUGGCACUGUUGCUUCUCUCCCAAGGAGUGGCCAUCCACCAAAGAUGACGCCAAGAGUUCAGCGCAGAAUACUAAGAGAGGUAAAAAAGAACCCUAGAAUUUCUGCUAAAGACUUACAGUAAUCACUGGCACAGUCCACUAUCUAUGUGCACACAUCAACUAUAUGUAAAAGUAUGGCCAGGAAUGGUGUUCAUGGCUUGAUGCCACAGAAGAAGCCACUGCGGUCUUUAAAAAAAAAAACAAAAAACAAAAAAAACCCAAAAA